AAUGGAUUAAUUAGGAAAUGUAGUUAGUUUUAAUGGUCCUCUAAAAAAUGAAGUUUAGAAAUUUGUUUAAUCUACUUUACAAAGAGAAUUAGAUAAAUUAACAUACGAUCAUAAUGAUGCUCAAGCUAGAAGUAAUAAAAUAUGUGAUUCAAUAUUGAAACAAUUAACAACUCAUAACAAAAAUUUCAAAUUCAUUGUUAACUGCCUCUUAAUGUAGAAAGCUGAGUGUGGUCUCAACAUAUCAGGAUCUUGUUAUUGGGAUAAUGAUACUGAUGGAUCACUCACCAUUAAACAUGAAACUGAAGCAAUUAUAGGCAUAGUUAAUGUAUUUGCGUGUGCCUUAUGAC